CAUGACUGUUGGAUUUUAGCAUAUUCUUAUUUCAAUGGCUAACAGAGACGAUCGUAUGCCAAAUUUAAAAAUUUGUAUUGACAACACAGAAUCAGAUAAAGAACAAGAAGAUGUGGUUUCCAUUCACGGCGCUGACGAACUUCAAAGUAGUCCUAACGAAUCCGAGGAAGAAAAUGAGAGGAACGUAGAAUUCAACGUUCGAAUCGGGAAGAUUGGUCAGACAAGAAACGAAAAUAGGACUUACAGACAGCCUUCAAAAGUGUAUGAGAACAGAUCAGGAGAGUUUGUAACGGGAAUAGACAUAACAGAAAAAGAUGAGAUAAAAAAGAAAUCAGAAAGAGCCAAAAGAUUUGGAAUAGAAUCCAAGAAAACAAAGCAUUCUGUUGACCUAGAUGGACUUUAUAAAAGCUUUGGGUUCAAAGCAGAAGAUAUCAGCCAUGACCACCGUGGAAUCAGGCUUGAAGCUGUACAUUUUCGGGGGGUAAAUGACCUACAUACAAAGGAUAUAUUUAAAUAUUUUGGAGAGUUUGGACCAGGUGGGGUUGAAUGGAUAGAUGAUGCCUCGUGUAAUGUUGUAUGGAUGGAUGCUCUGACAGCAGCUAGAGCCUUAUUGAAACUGACUAGAAGUUAUGAUGAAGUCAUGAGACCAUAUGAGGCUGAUGAGAGUGACGACAUGGAAGUUCCAGAAGUAAAGAAAGACAAGGAAAAAAGGAACAAAGUAAAGAAGAAAAAGAAAAAGAAGUCAUCGUCUUCAUCGUCAUCAUCCUCCUCAUCAGAUGAAGAUGAUGAAAACCAAAAGAUGAAAGACCAAGAAAAACAGAAGAAAAAAGAAAAUGAAAAGCAGAAGAAUAAUGACGAUGAUGAUAUUUUAGAUCUUUUAGAUGAUACAGAUACAAUCAAGCUUACUGGUCAAGUCAAUGGUAAUACCAGUGAUAAAACUAAACAAGACCAAUCUGAAAAUAAAAAGAAGGAAAAAAUGCCCAAACCACAUGCACCUAAAUCAUCUAAACAGAAAUCACAAGUCAAAACAAAGACAAAGAAAAAGUCACAGUCUUCUAGUUCAUCGUCAUCGUCCAGCUCAUCGUCUUCAUCAGGGUCUUCGUCAUCGUCAGGGUCAUCGUCAUCAUCUGAUGGAUCUUCAUCUUCAUCGUCUACAUCGUCUGGUAGUUCAUCUAGUUCUUCGUCGAAUUCUGAGGAGGAAAUGGAUACAUCAUCUAAAGACAAAACAGAAAGUAAAAAAGAGACAACAAAGUCGAAGAAAGCAGCAAAGAAAACAGAUUCCAAAAAUAAGGAAGAAAAAAUGGAAGUGGAUAAAAAAGAGACAAAGUCAAAAAAAGUUAGAAAACCUCUGUCUGGUCAUACACCACCAGAUAUACCAUGGCCUCCUGGGAAAUGGAGAUUAGGGGAGCCGUACCAGCGAAACAAAUUUCUAUUUUUACGAUAUGCUACAAAAGCUGAUAAAAAACUUCCUGGUGCCGAGAAGAGGAGUAAAUUUUAUGUGAAGUAUGGGAAUCCUAAUUAUAGUGGUAUGAAAGGAAUCAUUAGCAGUUCAAAAAAACGUAGAUUAAAGGCCACACAGUAUAAGGAGGAGAUACAAGAGGCCAGGGAAGCUGUGAGGGCCAAGAGAGAUGCAAUCACUUAUGAUGAUGAUAUAUUUGGAGAUGAUCUGAAAAUAGACACAGCAGAAACGGAUUUUGGUAUAUCUGUGACUGAUCAGAAGACAGUGGAGGAAAGGUUAGGGAAUAUCAAACCUCUACAUGAUAUGGACAUGAUGGAGGAUGGAGAAUUAGGGGCAAGUUCUGAGGAGGAAGUAGAUGACAAUGACUAUCAUGAUUACAUGAGAUCUGAUAAACGUUUAUUUGAGGACAAACCUGUUGAUCAGGAAGCAAUAGAAAUGGAGAAAGAAUUAGAAGUUUUAUUGAAAUCUCCACCUAAAAAGAGACCAGCAAUGAAAAUGUAUGCUGAUGAAUUAGAGGAAGAAAUUCAAGCUAAAAAGUUUAAAAGACAAGGGGGCCUAACUAUAGUAGCAGACAACAGAUCUCAAGACGAUGCAAGAAGUUUAAUAAUAGGCAAAGCGCCCUCUACUGGGUUGGACUUGCGUAGUAAACUUAAGAGACGUAGGAUACCAUCUUGGGAUAUUUAAUGAAUGAUUAUUGUUUUAAUUUAAUAAAUGCUGUACAAAAUA